AUGGUCUCUUACACAAUAUGCCGGAAGCCACCUCAGGCGCGGUACCUGGCUCAUCGUUACGCUCAAAAGGCACUAUUACGAAAUGAAGCCACUGAAUUGGCCUCUAAACCGGAGAAGCUUUACCCAGGCCAGGAGCGUCUCUAUUCUUUCUAUGAGCCGUCGAUGGUCGCUGGUCUACACCGCAUAUCGACUGAGCAAGUCAUCAGAAGAGACGAAAAUAAGGAAAAGGAGAUCAAGCUCAACGACAGUCAGGAUUUUAACGUAGUCGCUCCCAAAUUCAAACUUCCUGAUAGGAGCGUUCACUCAGUGUAUCCGCCUCAAGGCCACACUGAUAAUGUUGAAAUACUGCCGCACAUUGUCCUCACAAAUCCACAACUCCCAUGGACCAGGAGAGCUGUGGAAAUCAAGGAUCCCAAAGCACGGAACCGCGUCCCUUGGCUUGCCCUCCUCGUCUUCAGCCAGCAUGAGCUAGCUUAUCCUAAGCUUUCUAAGAAGCAGACCAGUACUUUGGAUGUCAAUUUGUCUCUAGGCGAACUUGGGAGCUUGGUGGCGGCGAGCGACUCUGACUGCAUCAGCCCUGCUGUCCAAGCAAAUGGGGAUCCUCAUGAUGGAGACAGCAAAGAUAUCGGAGCAAACUUCGUCUUUGUACCAAAAGACUUAUUCAACGCUCUGUUUAAAAACUAUGAGCAGUCCACCAACCAAAACCUCUGUGACGUUACGCGUUACCAAUGGUUUUCUCAUACAAGAAACAUCAAUACCACCGGAAUGGCUAAUAGCGGCAUUGAUGGAGAAGAAGGCGUCUUCAGCGUCGUCAUAUCUCAACGUUCUGGGCCGCUGGACAUAAAAGAACCAACAGACCUGAUUAUCCAUCUCGUCAGCAUAGAAAACGUCGCAGACAUGCCUUAUCCAGUACAAAAAGAUCGGGUGGCGUUGUGUAGCCUCGAGAGCUGGUCGUAUACCUGUCUUCCCCCAGAUUCGUUCAAUGUGUAUGACGCUUUUCGACACGUUGGCUCUCAGCAUGACGUCUUGCGCGUCGACCCAGAGCAGAUCAAGAAAAGCCUUCCGCUUGGACAACAACUUCCAAGUCGACUUGAACGUCGACUGCUUGAUGGAUAUGUCAUCACAAGAUACAGAACCAAGACUGGGGAACAGACGGCGGCGUGGAUCAGGGGCCCGUUUGUACCAACAUUUGUCAACCACGGAAAGGAAGAUACACCUAUGUCCUAUACCGGCGAAGACCUCCAAAUUAUGGAUAAAGAGCUUGGUAUCAUGGACAUCACGUACUCCACGGCUUGGCAAGUAGGCAAGUCACUGGCCCUAGCGGACCAGGGGUAUACGACGGCUUUGUCUCGGCUGCGUCUAACCAUUGGCCGGGAAGGCAUGGAAGAAACAAAAAAAGAGAUACUCAAGGCCAAUGGCUUCUUCCAAAAUCGUAAUGAGAUCCUUCACCAGCUUGCAGAGUCGCUGAAGACGCUGAGGUCGCUUCGCGAUCCGGCCAGACUUCAACACGGUCCCGAUGCUAGAUGGAUGCCCCUAUCAUCUGUAUCAGUGGACAUGUCCCGAAAAUCAUCUUUGGUCAAGCAGCACUACAGCGAAUUUGUUGCUAAAGCAGCCGAACGCGUUUCGAGGUCAACUACCGAGGGCGUCAUGUACAAUGAGCUCAACACUCCCUUGAAUCCUGACUGGAUGAUCGUCUUCUCGUGGAUUCUUGAUCGUAUCUACCUGGCCGGUGUACCCGCGCAUUACUACAUCCCCGAUCCGUCUUACCUGCCACCAGAAAGCUUGCGGUUCUUCCAUAUUGAUCGUCACUGGGUUGACAGUCUUAUUGAUGGUGCUUUAAGCAUCGGGAGUCAUCAGGCUAACGAUGAGAAAAUCCGCAAAGAGCUCAAGAAGAGGGUCAACGACUAUCUGGGCCAGGCGCAUGAGGGAUUGCACUACCAGCCUCAGCGGCCUGGUUUUGGUUUCUUGCUCCGUUCAGAGCUCUGCAUCAAGUUCCCCGACCUUAUUGUAGAAGCUUACCGGAAAGACCAGAAAAAGCCCGACCCAACUAUCAUUAUCCGGCAGGAAAAUAUUGCUGAAGGCGUUCUUCUCGUCAUGUUUGAAACGAGGCCUGGCUCGGCGGAUCUUUCCAAGAUUAUUUUCAGAGAGCCACCUCAUCAACAGGCAUUUGCUUGCGGCGCCUCGCUGAAGCCAACACACCUGAGUGUUGCAUACCGGAAGAUCUAUACCAUCCCUCUCAGCGAGCAAGAAAAGAGAGAAGUUCGAACUUACCCCAUCAAGACUCUUAUGCACUAUCCUGGGGGGGGUGACAAAGAACAGCCGAAUAGCAAGCCAAUCUUCACAUGGAACGAAGAUGGCGUCGACGUUCGCGCUCUGCGACUCCCUGAAUUCGCAGACAGAGUCCACAGCAUUUUGAAAGAAGGCCUUAAAGAUGAUUAUACAGAGACUGAUCCCACUGCAACAAUGAUGGGGAUACAACUGAACAAUCCCAUGUGGUACUUGGAAGUUCGGAUUACUCCCAAUCUGUUCCCACCUAGUGAGUGGGACAGCAAUGAUGAUGGCUUACUCGCCGGCUUGCGGAUGUUGCGUGAUCCAGUAACACCGCUCUUUGAAGCUGCCUUGUGCGAGUCAAGCAACAGCAAAGUGACUCUUCAUCCAUCUGGUAUCGACUGGAAGGCUGCCUUUGCAACACCAGCUGCCAUGGCCAGUCAGGCGGCUAUUGAGGCCAUUAUCCCGACCAGAUUGAACCAUCUGUCUCCUCACAUACGGCCUUUAACUGUACAAAGCAAAUCGGCCAUUUUUAGAGCAACUGCUUUACAAGCUGCCCAUAAAUUAUUGGGAGCGUCGAUGGAGUCCUCAUUAGACAGACUGCUUAUGGGUUUCUCAAUGUACUCGCUGGCGAAGCCUUCAGCGCCAGGAUAUUUGGACAAGCUGAGUUACCGACAAGACCUAGUUUUCUCUCUUCGCAAAAAAGACAACAGCAACGACGGCUGGAUCAUGAAGCGCAUCACUGUCACCUUCCCCUACGGAACCCCUGACAGCAAGGUCCGCGCAACGCUGAUGGACUUUUACGAUGGGCCCGGAGCUACCAUGGUUACAGACUAUAGACUCAACGUUGUGACUUCUCUUACGGCAGAUGAGAAUGGCAGGCAGUUUUUCCACCUUGCCGUAGUCCCCCGGGCGGAGACUAUCGUCAUGCGAAGCAUUCAGAAUCUGAGCUUCACGCUUAGUGGUAUCAUGAUUGCUGACUACAGCGACUGGCCAAGCGGCAAGACUCCGUCUGUCAAGGUCACUGUUAAAGAGGAGUAUGAGCAUCGCAACCCGCAAGAUGGGAGUACGAAUUUGAAGUUAAAUUUGUAA